CGCUCUGUGUUUGACUGGUGUGGUCUGAUUGUAGUUUUCAGCGCUCUAGGUGUCCUGGGAUCCGCAGUGACAUUCUCAGCGGGGCUGAGCCAUGUGACGGGGGCGUCGGCCUCAGGGGAAGGGGAGGGGCUACAGAGCUCUCUGGGUGAUGAGGAUGAAGAGGAACUGGAGCUUGAUGAAGAUCUGUCGGGAGGAACACCUACAGACGGCUCACCCCAAGGUAGGACUGUCUGAUAACCCCUCCCCCUUACCCCUUUCCCCUACCCAUAGUAGUCCCUAGUACCCCCUAGCAGACAGCCCCUACCCCUAGUAGAGCCUGUCUCCCAUCUGGCUCCAUCUCUCCAUCUGUCUCCGUCUGUUUCCAUCCUUCUCCAUCUGUUUCCCAUCUGACUCCCAUCUUCCUCCAUCUCUCCAUCUGACUCCCAUCUUCCUCCAUCUCUCCAUCUGACUCCCAUCUGACUCCCAUCUGCCUCCAUCUCUCCAUCUGACUCCCAUCUGACUCCCAUCUGCCUCCAUCUCUCCAUCUGACUCCCAUCUCUCUCCCAUCUCUCUCCCAUCUCUCCCCCAUCUCUCUCCCAUCUGUCUCCCCCUCUCUCCCAUCUGUCUCCCCCUCUCCCCCAUCUCUCUCCCAUCUGGCUCCCAUCUGGCUCCCAUCUCUCUUCCAUCUGUUUCCCAUCUGUUUCCUAUCUGUCUCCCCCUCUCUCCCAUCUCUCUCCUAUCUGUCUCCCCCUCUCUCCCAUCUGUUUCCUAUCUGUCUCCCAGCUGUAAUAAUCAGGAUAAUAACCCUGUGGUUUCCUAUCUGUCUCCCAGCUGUAAUAAUCAGGAUAAUAACCCUGUGGUUUCCUAUCUGUCUCCCAGCUGUAAUAAUCAGGAUAAUAACCCUGUGGUUUCCCAGCAGUGCUGCGUCACGGUAAGGAGCAACAAGAGAAGGGGAGGAGUCAGAAAGGAAAAGGGAAUAAAGGAAAGAGGAAGAGGAAGAGGAAGAGUAAGAACACCACAGACUCCAACCCUGAACACACGUCGUCAGGACACAUGUCAUCAGGACACACACAACAGACGUCAGGGCGUGUCACAGAGGACCCUUGUAGCUCCUCCCACAAGGGCUACUGUAUCCAUGGACACUGCAAGUACAUGGCAGACCUGAGAGAGCCAGUGUGUAUGUGAGUACAACACGUGUGUGUGUGUGUGUGUGUGUGUGUGUGUGUGUGUGUGUGUGUGUGUGUGUGUGUGUGUGUGUGUGUGUGUGUGUGUGUGUGUGUGUGUGUGUGUGUGUGUGGAAGGAAGGCAGUUAGGCAGGCAGGCAGGCAGGAAGGAAGGAAGGAAGGAAGGAAGGAAGGAAGGAAGGAAGGAAGGAAGGAAGGAAGGAAGGAAGGAAGGACGGAAGGAAGGAAGGAAGGAAGGAAGGAAGGAAGGAAGGAAGGAAGGAAGGAAGGAAGGAAGGAAGGAAGGAAGGAAGGAAGGAAGGAAGGAAGGAAGGAAGGAAGGAAGAAUAGACUAAUUGACUGACUGACUGUUUGGUUGACUAUCUGACUGACUGAUUCAUUAAUUGAUUGACCGUUCUCCCCUGCAGGUGUAACAAAGGUUAUGACGGCGAGCGCUGUGGGAUCCUGCUCCUGCCUACGAGAAACAAGGAGGAGAGCAGCAGAGCUGAGGUGGUUCAGACUGUCCUGGUCGUCAUAGCUGUGGUCCUCUCCAGCAUCAGCUGCCUCGCCAUACUGCUCAUGGCCUGCACA